GCGAGCGAGUGGAUUAAAUAAAUGCGACCAUGGAGCCCGUGACUACAUGGAGCUCCCACCGGGUCUGCGCCUGGUUCCGAGGUCUGGAUGCAUCCCUGCAGCAGUACCCAUUUGAACGAUGGCAGUUGGACGGGAUGGACCUGGUGCAGUUAUCCUCCCAGAAACUGGAACAGCUCGGCGUCCACGUCAUCGGACACCAGGAGCUCAUCCUGGACUCUGUGGAGAAACUCUGCACUCUGACGUACGGCCUGGCCGGGGAGAGCGUGAGCAGCUCGACAGAGAAGCUCCAAAAAGUGGCCCAGUCUCUGCAGGUGGGCAUCCAGAGCCGCUGGCGGGUCAACACAUACGACGGGCACAAGAGCACGAAACUGCCCACUCAGGUCCUGCAGCUCGUGCUAGAGCUCAUCACCGCUGCCAAGGGCCUGUAUUUUCUACUAAACAGGUAUCAGUACACAGAGGGGACCGAACACAUUGGGGAUGGAGACAUCGUCGCGCUGUGUAAAGACCUGAGCUUGGCUAUCCAUGAGGAGAACACCGUGUUUGACAAGGAGAAGGACAUCAUAUCAAUCAGUCGACAGUUGGUGGCGAUUUGCGACGAUAUUCAGAACAGCGCCCCGGAGUCUCUGCUUACCCAUACUGCUCAGCUUCAGAGUGUAGACCUGGUACCCGCAGUGCCAGGAGAACAACUGGGUAUUGAGAUCACCUCCACAACUUCGAGCCAUCACUACAUCUCUGGAACAGCUGCUGAGUGCCCAGCUCAGUGCGCAGAGAAGAUCUUGGCAGGAGACGAGGUCAUUCAGGUCAAUGACCAGGUCGUGGUGGGCUGGAGCAGGAAGAAGCUGGUAGAGAAACUUCAGGAGAACCCAGAAGGUGUUACGUUGCUGCUGAGACGCAUUCCUGCCUUAUCUGCUCCCGAUAAACCAAACGACAAGCCGAAACUGUCUAUCUCCUCUGAAAAGGAGGACGAAGACGAGGAGGAAAAAGAAGGAAGCAGACGGGGGCAGACGUCUGUCCGAUCCUACUCGUUCAGAGCUGCUGUGCUGUCCCCAGACGAUGGGCACCUGACCGGACCGGAGGAUUCAGAACUGUUGAGUGAUCACAGCCUUGAUGGAAAUCAGAGCCAUACGCACAAACUCGGGGCAGGUUUAGAUUCUGGAGUUGAGCGCAGGAGUCCAUCACCCCUCGCUCUGGACUCCAACAGGACCAGAGUAGGAUCCUGGCCUGACAUGGGGGCCAGCGUGAAAGAAACGGAGAAAAAGGCCAGCUUCAAAGGUAAACAGACGGCGAUGAGUCGCAGAAGAGUCUCGUGUCGUGAGCUGGGUCGGCCGGACUGUGACGGAUGGUUAUGGAAGAAGAGGAAGGAGAUGAGUGUGUUCAUGACACAGAAAUGGCAGCGGUUCUGGUUCGUCCUGAAGGGUGUGACCAUCUACUGGUACAUGGGCCAACAGGAGGAAAAAGCUGUUGGGAUGGUGAAGAUCGGUAGCUACAGCAUCGAGAGUGCCGGAGAACACAAGAGGAAGUACGUGUUCCAAAUGUCUCAUCCACGUUUCCAAAACUUCUUCUUCGCCGCCGACAACGUUACUGACAUGAGCAAGUGGAUCAACUGUCUGAUUACAGCCAUUCAGAAAUAUAAAAAGUACCAACAGAACCCAGCAGAUAAUGAGACAGAGUGCUACAGCGAGACUGAAUCAGAAGAAGAUGGAUCAGACUCACCACGUCUAGUAAAGAAGAAAGGGUCAACGAAAUCCCAGUUUAAUACGCUUCCCCGAACUCUGGGCAGAAAAACCAAACUAGCAGGAGGAGGCGCAGUCACCACUUCACCAGCAGGUGGUGCUAAAGCUACAGGAACUGUGGAUGAGAUGGGGGAGCUGUUCAACAAGUUGAAGGAGGGAGGCGUAUCUCUGAUCGGUCAGAACCAGCCCACCACACACGACCAGCUUCGCCGGUCCUUCAUCCGACGAAACAAAAACCCGGUCAUCAAUGAAAAGAUCCACACGCUCCGAGCACUCCAGAGCACACUCAAGGCGAAAGAGGCGGAGCUUCAACUCAUCAACAAACUUCUGGAAGAAUCAGAUCUGACCCCCAUGAAAUACCGCGAGUGGAAGCAGCUCAACGACGAUCUUCACCAUGAGAUCGAGAAAGGCGUCGUGGAGAAGAAAGAUGAACAAGAUACGUCACAGGUGAAGGCGGCCCCUGCUGGUGAGAGCGGGGCGUGCGGCUUGUGCCUGAGCGACGGCGAGCAGUUAGUGGACGCUGAGACACCGAACAAUGGAGAACGUUCACCCGCACCUACAGUCUUGACAUCUACAGACACUGAAAGAGCCAAGAGCAGCUCCUCGGAUAGUUACUUCUACAUCUGAUCGGUCCAGGCCUCGUUUUAGAACUGCUAAUGACGUUCAGAGCUUGUUCUUACAAGAGAUAAUUAAUGUUAGUGUUGCUAAGCAACCUUGAUGGUUUUUAGACCGACUGUCUAGCUAGCUAGUCACAGUGGCUGAUUUUUAUUGUAUUUUAUUGUUAUUGUUUUUAAAGAAACUCCAAAUACGGGUAAAGAAUCUCUUCAUUAUUAAUGGAUUUACCCUCUCCAAUGGACGUCCUUUUCAUCUGGGCUGUUGUUGUAUAUAAAUACGCUUGUAAAAUGUUUAUUGAUUAAUUGAGAUGAUAAGUACAGUAGUGUGAGGAGAAAAAAAAAACGAUUUCUUCAUUCCUGAUUGCAAAUUUCGAACAAAUUAUGAUAUAACAACAGGAACUUGAGCAAAAACUAAACAAAGGAACUAAUUUAACAUCCUUAUGAUCACAUUCAAUCAAUAUGGCUUUUAAUUUAACUGAAUUUAUUGAACAGCCACUCUGAGGUCGCUCUAAGACUCCACCUAACCACAGUGAGAGCCAUUACUUCAAAAUGACGGGAACUUGGAACAGUGUUUAUGUAGUUUAGGGACAAAAGGGACUGGCGACAGCUAGCUAAGCCUCAGUUAAGGUCAGGAAACUAGUCACGAGGAAACUAGUCAUAAAGAGGCUCCUACUAACCAAAGGAAACAUCAGUGCCUUAUAGAGAAUAGCAACAGUGUCUUGACAGAGCAACAGUUACUCCUACUGUCUGGUCAAGGCUUUAGUCCUUUAAUUAUGGCUUACUGGAUCUAUCUGGAGCUCUGUUCCAAUACGAACACCAAACAGGAUAGUGCUUUUAGAGCUUGGUCUCCAAACAGAACACUGGAUCCGAAGCUUUAAACCAUGGUCAAUCCCAGGUGGGACACUGGAUCUUUAGUCCUCAACAGACUUCAAAUGGGACACUGGAUCUUUAAUCUUGAGCAGACUAUCUAGAACUUCAGUCCACAACAGACUUCAAAUGGGACACUGGAUCUAGAACUUCAGUCCUCAACAGACUUCAAAUGGGACACUGGAUCUAGAACUUCAGUCCUCAACAGACUUCAAAUGGGACACUGGAUCUAGAACUUCAGUCCUCAACAGACUUCAAAUGGGACACUGGAUCUAGAACUUCAGUCCUCAACAGACUUCAAGUGGGACACUGGAUCUAGAACUUCAGUCCUCAACAGACUUCAAGUGGGACACUGGAUCUAGAACUUCAGUCCUCAACAGACUUCAAAUGGGACACUGGAUCUAGAACUUCAGUCCUCAACAGACUUCAAAUGGGACACUGGAUCUAGAACUUCAGUCCUCAACAGACUUUAAGUGGGACACUGGAUCUAGAACUUCAGUCCUCAACAGACUUCAAAUGGGACACUGGAUCUAGAACUUCAGUCCUCAACAGACUUCAAAUGGGACACUGGAUCUAGAACUUCAGUCCUCAACAGACUUCAAAUGGGACACUGGAUCUAGAACUUCAGUCCUCAACAGACUUCAAAUGGGACACUGGAUCUAGAACUUCAGUCCUCAACAGACUUCAAAUGGGACACUGGAUCUAGAACUUCAGUCCUCAACAGACUUCAAAUGGGACACUGGAUCUAGAACUUCAGUCCUCAACAGACUUCAAAUGGGACACUGGAUUUAGAACUUCAGUCCACAACAGACUCAGAAUAGGAUGGUGGUUCUGAAACCCCCAGAACAAAAAAAAACUAAAUUAAUUUUUUAAUAAAAAGUGGAACUUGAUGAUUUGGAUACGAGCUGCUAAUUUAUUUUUCUUUAAAUAGUAUUAUAGAAGCUCCUUUUGAAACAGAAAUAUGUUUUUCUUUGAUGUAAAUACAAUGAAAUAUUUGUUUAGAUAAACAGAACAUAAAAGAUAUUAAAAUACCUUUUUAAAAAAGUGUUUUUAUUAUCUGAUUUUACUCAGCAUGUUUGGACUGCACGUUGUUAGACGCAACGAUAGAAAAUAAAUAGAACAAGUGUCAACAAUUUUGAAUUAUAUUCACCAGCGUGCGGGGCUCCUACAGUUGGGGGUCUAAGAGAUCAAAGUAUUUGUGUAUUCAGGCAUUGUACACUUUAUUGUUAAUAAAAUGUCUGCAUGUUGUUAUAAA